AUUUACUUACUCACCAUCGUGUUUAUUCAAUCAUAAACCAACGCAAUGGAUCGAAUCCUGAAGGGAGUGAUGAAGUAUAGAAAAUGUCAUCGCGAAGGAAUGGUGAAACAAUUCCAACAAGUUAGGGAUCACCCCGAGCCCAAAGCAGUAUUCUUUACCUGCAUGGACUCUCGGAUGAUCCCGACUAGAUUUACGGAAACGAACGUUGGAGACAUGUUCGUCGUGAGAAAUGCCGGCAACAUAGUUCCGAACUGUCAACAUUUCGUGGAUGAACUAACGAUGUGCGAGCCUGCUGCCCUGGAACUCGGAUGCGUCGUCAACGACAUCAGGCACGUUAUUGUUUGCGGUCACAGCGAUUGCAAAGCCAUGAAUCUACUUUACGCACUGAGGGAUGAAGAGUUCGCGUCCCAAGCUAACCGAAGAAUAUCGCCUUUGAGAGCUUGGCUCUGCGCCCAUGCGAGCAGCAGUUUGGCCAAGUUUCAGCAACUCGAAAUCACCGGUUUUCGGGAGCCCAUACUUUUCCAAGCUGAAACACCGAUGCGGAAAUUCGUCGCUUACAUCGACCCUGAGGACAAAUUUGCCAUCGAGGACAAACUGUCGCAGAUCAACACUCUCCAGCAACUACAGAACGUCGCGUCGUACGGAUUCUUGAAAAAACGGCUCGAGAGACACGACCUUCACAUCCAUGCCCUCUGGUUCGAUAUCUACACCGGCGAUAUUUACUACUUCAGUCGAGCCAACAAACGAUUCGUUGAGAUAAACGAACUCACCGAGACUCCGUUGUUGAAGGAGAUUAAGAAAUACUACUCCUGAACUUUACUCUCCUCGUCCAUUUUCAUCGUCUUUAUCAUACGUUUUAUCAUACGUCAGGCCUCUUCUAACCUCUUCUAACCCCUUCUCGGCCGACAUCCGUAGCUAGACAAAUUUUCCUCUCGAUUUUUCGUAAAAGAAAUCAAAGAAAUGACACCGAAGUUCGCAACGUUGGUGGUCCGGCGAACGAAAUGAAAUUUUGUAAUUCGCCAAUCUUUUUUUCCUCCCCAAUCUACAAUUCGUAGUUUUUCAUCAACCGACACUAAUGAUUCGCGAAAUGAAAAAUUGGGGAAUCACAAAUGUUGCUUCCUGACUAGCAGUUUUUUCUGGCUCGCCGAGCUCGCGUACAUACACAGGAAAUAUUUUCUUAUCGUACGAGUUGAGUCAUCGUGCGAGCCCUCAAGUGUAGGAAACGCCGAUCGAAAAAUCUCUGCAAUUUUUAUGAGCGCUAAAGCUUUUUGGAACUCUUGUUCCAAGGAUGGAAUCGUGACCGGGAAGAGGUCGAUACCGUGUAUAAAUGUGUACAUAAGAAAACUGUGGAUACGUUCGUUGAGCCGAUCAAAAGUCGCAAAAUAUUUUCAUGCUGGCAUUGACCAUCAUUUGUUUGAUUUACGAAAACCUGAAUUCUUGCUACGACGGAAUUUGUAAUAGCAAAUAACGAAUUCUAUCGAUCAUUGACAACUCAAAAUAUUCCACGUUUCUAUCAUUUUCAGCAACAAAUUAUCCGAUUCUCAAUACCAACAUUUUUCACGUUUCAUUUGCGUGAUCAAAUGGAGAGCACAGAAAACAAAGUCAAUUGUUCGAACGACUCUAGCCGCUGGUGUAUCCACAGUUGUGAGUGUAAAUUCAUGCAUAUGCGAGAAAAAAUGUAGCUUUAAUUGAGAAUCUUCGUGUAUUAUUAAGAGCAUGGAUCAGUCGGUACGUGAGACGAGACGUGAGGCGAGAAAGAUAGCUGCAAAUUUCGAAAGUGACAUAUUUCGACACCGUUCGCCCAAUCGAAAAAAUAAAAAUGUCAGCCCAUUUUUGCCAUCGCCAUGCGUGGGCUGAGUGAGCUUUUUUAACCGGUCAAACUGUGUCAAAGAAUUUCGAUAUUGAAAAUUCCAAGUAAGUUUAGGUGACUGAUCCAUACUCAAGUUUCUUAUUUAUGGCUCGAGUUGCGAAUGCACAAGAUUGUAAGCAUCGAAAUGUGGUCAAAAUGCUGACGAAUGUACAAAUUUCAUUAUAAAUACGUUGUCCGACGUGGCUAUUUAUCCGAGCUAGUGUAGAUAAGAUGUUAUUUAGAGGAAGAGUUUAAAAAUAAUCAUCCAACAUAUUUUUGGAGCGUGCUUUUUGCGUCGUUGAAAGAUUUCAUAUUAUUGUUCUAUUUAUACAAAAAAUACAUACUUUACAGUCGGCACAAA